GAAACAAUUUCAGUCCCCAUUGAGUAGUCGAUGUGUGCAAUUGUUAAUUCGUUCCAUCGUCCAUUCGUGCAAUUAUUAUUGAACUCGUUAUUAGCUAGCCUGAUUAACUCGCUGAUUCUUGGUUGUUGGUUGUUAAAUUAUCAACAAAACGUGCCAAACAAGUCAGUCGCUUAGACGGAGUGUGUGACAUAGUGCGUCCUGUUGGUGCAAUAAGCAAAGCAGAGAGCUUCAGAAAAGAGUCUUAAGAAAUAAACUGCAAUUCGCAAAUCGCAAAGAACCUGUCUGUCAGCCAGCAUUUUUCGCUUACAACGAUCAUCGAUUGCCUGACCGAUACGCCAGUUGGUGUUUUACAGUUUUGGCGAUUUUUGCUUUUCCUUUCAUACGGCAUUCGCUGUGGAGUUUUUCCUUUUUUUAUUUCGGAACUACUGCAGGCGCCUUGCUUGUAAGCGCCUGUGUGUGUUUGUCAACACAAAAACAAUUAUUGUUUUUUACGAUUCAGUUUUUUGCAAGAAGGGCGAUGAAAAGUUAAUGUAAUAAAAUUGAAGAGAAAUCUUUUGCACACAAGACCGAUAUCAAGAAGGAGCAACAGGUAUCUAGAACAAAAACAGCGAAAGGACAGACGGCGUCCAUAAUCGGUAACACAGCCUUCGCUAAUGAGCUUUAAAUGAAAGUGUUCCUGCCGAACUGUCAGUAUAGUCUUGAAGUGCUAGCUCAGGUGUCUGGUUGAGCUGCGGCCGAAGCAAAACGCAUUCAUGUGCAUUUAGACGCGAUAAAGCGGAAACAUUCAGAUCGAUAAAGCGAUAGGGAAAAAGUGAAACUUAGUAAGCAUAUUGAUUGCAAUUGAAUAAUUCAAAUCAUUCUGUGAACUGCAAAAGUGUUUGAACUAGAUUGAACUAGACAAAGUGUUUUUAUUUGUGUUGGAUCAGAGCGCCUAAGCGAGAAGAGUAUACAAGCAAUAUAGAACGAUCGUAAGAACCAAACUAAAAGGUAAACUACAACAAAAAUUCUAAAAUACACACUUUAAAUUUGCUUAUCAAAUUUUUAUAUUCAAAAGCAAACCGAUUUUCCGGUAAAUAGUCUUUAAAGUGAUAUCCUAGUCUUCUAGCUGUACUUUGCAAUAACACCAAACAAUCAACGUAACCGGCAACAACCCACGACAACAAUAGCAACACAAACAAGCAUACUUACAACAAGCAAUAGCAUUAUUAUAUAUGUAAAACAAUAACAACAGGAACAAAGAAAAAACUGUGAAAGCUAAGGUAGCGUAUAAAAAUCGAACGGCGAAAGUCAACGUGCAACAAGCAAGCUCGAAAGCCCAGCCCAGCUGCAACUGCCGUGGCAAGAAUCAGUGAGAGAAUCUGACUUGUUGUGUCGCUUACAAUAAUUAACAACAACAACUGCAACAGGCGCUACAGCAGCAACAACAACCAGCAGCUUUCGACGUACAAACCGGCACGGCAUAGACAAAUACUAGCACCGUUAGCACAAUGGCCUUAAUUAUGAAAUACAUUGACAGUAUGCAGAGAUAUAUGGACUCAUAUGGCGAUUCAAGGACGAAGGAUUGGCCGAUGAUGUCAUCACCAUUCCCCACAUUAGCAGUUUGCCUCACAUAUGUUUACUUAGUUAAGGUGCUUGGCCCACGAUUAAUGGAGAAUCGUAAACCAUUCCAGUUACAAAACACACUGAUAAUCUAUAAUGCAGCACAAGUGAUAUUUAGUGCAUGGCUGUUUUACGAGAUAGCAUUUUCCGGUUGGCUAACGGGGCAUUAUAACUUCCGAUGUCAGCCAGUCGAUUAUAGUAAUAACCCUAGAACGUUAAGGAUGGUUCACGCGUGUUGGUGGUACUACUUCUCCAAAUUCACUGAGUUCAUGGACACGAUCUUCUUUGUGCUGCGCAAGAAGACGAGCCAAGUAACGACGCUGCAUGUCAUACACCACGGCUGCAUGCCGAUGUCUGUCUGGUUUGGUGUCAAGUUCACACCAGGUGGUCACAGCACUUUCUUCGGUCUGCUCAACACAUUCGUGCACAUCGUCAUGUAUACGUACUAUAUGUUCUCGGCCAUGGGUCCACAGUUCCAGAAAUACUUGUGGUGGAAGAAAUACUUGACCACACUGCAGAUGGUUCAAUUUGUGCUGAUCAUGGUGCACGCCUUCCAAUUGCUCUUCAUCGAUUGCAACUAUCCAAAGGCGUUCGUUUGGUGGAUCGGCAUGCACGCUGUGAUGUUCUUCUUCUUGUUCAAUGAAUUCUACAAGAACGCGUACAAGGGUCGCCGCAUGAAACACAAAAAUUUAUUGAUGUUCAUUUUGCAGCGCAAAGAGAAGUACGACGACGAUGUGGACGAAGUGAAGCAGAAGGAUAGCAACAACAAAGCCGCUGAAGGUGAGGAGAAGAAAGCGUUACUCGCUAACGGUCACGUCAGCAACGGUGUCAUCAGCAAUGGCAGCGUUGCCAACGGUUACCCGAAGAAUGGCUACAAAACCGCAGCAGCGUCGGCGCCAGCGACCACACUGAUCAAUGGCAGCGGCGUCAGCAUGAACGGCAGCGUCAAGACGUCGACGGGGAACGGCAGCGUGUACAAGAACGGCGAAGCGCCGUUGCUGGCCAACGGACACAGCAAAAUGGUGGGCGGUGAAUUGGCCGCGCAGCUGACACAACGCAAAUUGCAGCAACAACAAAAAUAAUAUAGGGCCACAGGCGGCGGCGUAGUGGCGCAUACGCUGGCUACGGCGUCGACGCUGGCGACGGCAGCAAAGCAGACCACAACACACAAAGCUAAGAAAACACAAAAACAAUUACAUAAACAAAACAAAGCUAAAAAACAAACAUAAAAAAUACAAACAAAACAAAAAAGCAAGAAAAACACAACCACAACAACAACACGCAAACAAAGCCAGAAAAUUAAGUUUAUAAUUAAUUGAUUAAAGUAUAGUAAUUACAAAAGGAAAUUAAUUAAUUAAAAGCAUGUGGAAAGAAAAUCAAAACACCGGGCGGAAAAAGAGAGGAAAAAGUUAAUGAGCAUUAAUUUUUUUAUUAUCUAUCUUAUAUACAUAAAUACUGCAUUAAAAUUAAAUUUAUAAAUUUAUACACAUACACACACAUACAUAUACACGCAUAUAUACACACAUACGAAACGCGCGCAUGCGCAUGCGCAUACUUACCAAAGCAGCAAGCAGCUGGUAGCUGAUAGCUUUUUGCCGCCGCGUGUAGGAAACCGAAAUAAUAAGCGUUAAGACAAAGCUGCAUAGCAGGCAAUAGCGAACAGGAAGUAAACAGCGCAGUCACAGCGUUGCCAACCAUUUGCUAGUGUAUAAUUAGUGCCCUGCGAUUUGCUGUUCAAACUAAAGCGAAUUAAAAUUUUUAUUUAUUUUUUAGCAAAUUUCUAUGCAGUAAAAUAUGCAUAUAAUGUUGCGCAACAAUGUUGCUCUUGUUUUACGGCUUGAAAUUUCAAACAAAGCUUUAUUUUUACCGUUGAGUGCAGUUAUAUAAACGUUUACUUCUUUUUCACUUAUUUAAUUUUUUUAAAUUUUAUUAAAUAUGUUUGAGUUUAUAUAUAUUUUUUAACAAUUGCCAUGCCUCGUUAAUAUUGUGCGCAACAUAUUCUUUAAAUAUUGUUUAACGGUUAUUAACUUAACAUUUCAAAACAACUUCAUUGGUUAGUUAAGAUGGGCAUGUGCCAAAAAAUAUGUAUUUUUUAUUUACUUAAUUGUUAUUGAAUCAAUUCAACAGACCAUUAAAGUGUUGCAACAAAUCUAAUUUUAUUGUCUUAAAUAGAAAAAUUCAAAAUUGUUUAUUGAAUAUGUUUACAAUUAAAAAAAAAUGUUGCCGAGUAAUAUUAAAACAUGUAUCGCGCAACAAUAUUGUUGAAAAUUAAAAAAAAAAAUCGCAACAAUGUUGCUGAAAAUGAAAAAAAUAAAUGUUCCACAACAAUGCUGCUGAAAAAUAAAAAAAAAAUCGUAAUGUUGCUGAAAAAUUAAAAAAAAAUGUUUCGCAACAAAGUUGCUUAAAAAUAUGAAAACAUGCAUUUUUUUAAAUUUCUGACAACAGCGUUGCUGAAAUAUGUUGAAAAUAUUUAUCUAGCAAAAAUAUUAUUGAAAUUUGAAAAAUGUCCUUCGCAACAAUGUUGCUGUAAAAUUAAAAAAAAAAAUGUUCGACGAUAAUGUUGCUGAAAAAUGUAAAAAAAUAUUUCGAAACAAUGUUAUUGAAAAAUAUGAAAACGUAUUUCUCACAACAAUAUGCUGAAAAAUGUAAAAAAACGUUUCGCAACAAUGUUGCUGAAAAAUGUAAAUAAUUGUUGCCGUAAUUUUUUAUUAUUAUCUGCCUAUUUGCAGUUUUCAUAAACUUAAUAGCCAUCGAACGCAAGCAACAUUUCGGAACUUUUUUUUAGCAACAUUUAUGUUGCCAGUAGUGCUAGUAGUAUAAAGCAGCACUUUUUUAAAAUAUUUUUUUAUAAAUAACUUACAUUUUGUCAAAUCCAGUUUGAUAAGGCAGCUUUUAUAUGCACAUAUAUAUAUGCUCAUAUACCACUAUAUACAUAAAAAUAUGUAUGUACAUGUGCCUCAACAAUGUUGCCAGUAACAUUUUCAACACUAACGGCACAUACUGAAAACGAAAAAAAGUGAGCUAGCUAUUACCUAACAAAUGUUGCGCAACAAAGCGUCAUGCAACAUGUUGCUUGCAACAUUAGCUUCUUCUACAUUCACGUUUUUUAUAUAUGUAUAAUUAUUUAAUCAAAAUCAUGUUGCGCCAUGCAACAUGUUGCUUGCAACAUUGUCUUCUUCUACACUCACGUUUUCUAUAUUUUUUGUUUUUUUUUUUAUAUUUUUUAAUCCAAAUCAUGUCGCGCAACAAAGGCCCUGCAACAUUCUUUUCUUCAACACUCACGUUUUUUAUAUUUUUUCUCUGUGUUUUUUUUUUUUAAUUCUAUAAUCAAAAUCAUAUUUUGUAAAUGAAUUCGGUUAGCUCAGUGUAAUUGUCAACCACAGCAAAUCGCACAGCACUAAGCAUAUACCCACAACAAACACAGCAAUAAAAUUAUGCAUGCAUACAAGCGCAUACACACAACUACAUUUGCAACUGCAUUUUCCACAUAUAUACGUACAUACGUAUAAAUAAAUAAAUACAUACAUAAACACAUUGAUAUAUGUAUAGUGAUAUAUAUGUAUAGUAUAUAUUUAUGCAUAUAGGAUAUAAAUUGAUACAAAAAUAUACACAAACGAUUGAAACUACGCUUGUAGGUGAACAAAAAAUAAACAAAAACAAAAAUAAAAAUAAAAAAAUACAAAACAAUAAAAUAUUAAUUUAUAAUAAAACAAAAAAUUAAAAUACUGGUUUAGGUAUGCAAUUAAAUACGAUUUAUAUUUACCGUUACAUUUGCUAAUUUACGAUUUACGAUAUACAUACACAUACAUAGGUACAUAUAUACUUGUAUUUGAAUGCUAAGUGUUCUGUAUCGAACUUUUGAGUUUACUUUUAUUUUGUUUUUCCGUUGUACAAAAUCGAUUAUAUAUAUAUAUAUAUAUAUUUAUAUGUAUAUGUAAUAUUGUAAAGAACUUAAAGUAAAAAGUAAUAAAAAAUAUAUAUAAAAUAUAUUAAAUGUUAAACGAAAAAUAUGGAAAGUCAAGUCAUUUCAAUCGCAGCAUCGCAAUCAUAUUUAUAAACACAUACGUACAAAAUGCAAAAGCAACUACAACAAACAUGUACGCAAUGCAAACUUAAUUGUAAUUAUUAAUUGCUAGCUGCAAAAUGAAAUUAAUUAGUCUAAAGUAAUUAAUUAAUUAAAUAUGUAAGGCUUAGUAAGCGAGAAGUGUGUUUGAUAAGUUACAUAAAUAAAUAAAAACAACUCUUUACAUAUUAAAAAUAAGUGAAAAAAAAAUAAAUAUAUAUUAAAAAAAAGAAUGUGGGUCACAAAAAUAUACGACAUAGCUUAUUAUUAAAACAACAAAUAAUAAAAAAAUUACAGCGAACUUGUUUACGCAUACGCGGAAAGUAUGCUAACCGGUCGGCUAACCGAAACUAACCGAAUCGUGUGCGCCACUCUUCCGCAUAAGUCACUCUAGAUAAGCUACGGGCAUACGGGCAUACGGGAUAUGUGGCAGUGUGUUAGUUGAACUUUGUGAGCGUUUACAAAUAUUUGUUUAUAAAUAUAUAAUAAUUUCUUAUAAUAUAAGAGCAAUCCUAAGCAGUAAUUGUCGGCACACAAAGCAACAAACACAGACAAACCAAUGAAAAUGGAAAAAAUAAAAUUAAAAAAAAAUACUGAAAAUUUAAAUAUAUUGUAGAUAAUAUGAAAAUUAGCAAUUAAAGAGAAAAUAAAAUAAACUGAAAAUACACAAAAAACUUGUAGUUUAUGAAUGAAGAUGAAUGAGGAGUAAAGCAAUGGCGAAAGGUCAGCAUUUGCAACCAAAACAGUUAAGCAAAGCAGCAACAACAAAUUCAAAAGAAUUAAUGCCAAUAAAAUAUAAAAAAUUAAAUUAAAUAAAAUAAAAUGUAAAAACAAUAACUUUGUGUAUUUAAUUCAAAGACUCUACAGCAAUGUUUAGUAAAAAUCAAAGCAAAAAAACAAUAAAAUGGGGAAAAGUAUAAAGUCAAGCAAUUAGUCACAGAUAAUUUAACAGCGAAACUCUAGCCAAAAAUAUAUUGAAAAAUAAUUAUAUAAUAAUUAAUUGUGCUACACAAAACAUAUAUACAUACAUACAUGUAUGUAUGUAGAGCAGUUGAGCCUUUUUAGCUUAAAGAAUAAUAAAAAUAAUAAUUACGAAAGCAUUAAAACUUACAUUUUGUGUGUUGUAAAGUAUUCGCUAAGCAAUCAUAUUCUAAAUAAUGAAAAAGCUAACAACAAACACUACUGAAGCUGGAAUUGCAAAAAAUGUUAGAAGAAAACUAAUAAUUAGUAUUGCACUCGAAGAACAUUGGCGCAAAAAUUUUAGUCCAUAUACAUAUGUACAUACAUAAAUACAUGAAGCAUAUACAUACUAUAUGUAUGUACUAUAUAAAGAAAAUUUCAGCAACUUCUAUAGAAGUUCAAGCGACUUCAAGUUCAGAACAUAAAUAUUUUAGUAUAUUUUAGAGCUAGAAUAGAACUGGAACUAGAGCACAAAAGUUUCACACUCGGACACUGCAUUACACUACAUUACAACAUAAAAAAGCUCCUAAAAGCUUAUACAUCUCAAAACGAAUAUAAAAUUCAGAAAAACUUCUAAAAAGUUUCUACAACUCAAAACAUAUAUACAAUUCAGAAAAGCUUUUAAAAGGCUUAUACAUCUAAAACGAGUAUGCAACUCAGAAAAGCUUAAAACAAAUGUGCAAUUCCUAAAAUCUUGCAAAAAAAAGGUGCUAAAAAGCUUAUACAUCUCAAAAAGAGUAUGCAAUUCAGAAAAGGUUCUAAAAAGCUUAUACAUCUCAAAACGAAUAUCAAAUUCAGAAAACCUUUUAAAAGGCUUACACAUCUCAAAACAAAUAUUUAAUUCCGAAAAGCUUGCAAAAAGCUUGUACAUCUCAAAACAAUUAUGCAAUUCAGAAAAGCUUUUAAAAAGCUUAUAUGUUUAAAAAUAUAUAUUUUCGAAAAGCUUGCAAAAAAUAUCUUAAAUCAAAAUAUCUUUUGUAUCUCAAAACAAAUAUAAAAAUUAAAAAAGCUCUUCAAAAACUUAUACAUCUCGAAAAUUCAGAAAAGUUCUAAAAAGCGUAUACAUCUCAAAUCAAAUAUAAAAUUCAGAAAAACUUUCAAAACAAAUAUACAAUUCAGAAAAGCUUUUAAAAAGUUUAUAAAUUUUAAAGUUGUAAAAUUUUUUCUUAAACUAAAAUUUAUAAUUUAAUCGAACAUCAAAUGAUUGAUAUUAUAAGAAAAUUUCAAAACGUAAUCUUAAGUGAGCUUUCAUCAGUCACAUUAUGUUAUCGGUGUUAAAUUUAGUGCAACAUUGAAAAGCUGUACAUCAGACAGACUCCAGACUAAAUUUUAUUUUGAAUGUUAGUAGUAAAAAAAUGUAUAAGGAACUAGAAACAUCAUCAUAAAAAGCUUUAGUGAAAGCUUAUUUGCUUUUAUAAAUUAAACAUUUUAUUUGAAUUUCAGGUGUAACCAAAAUGUAUGGAAAACUAAAAAUAUCAUCAUAAAAAGCUCUAGUGAAAGCUUACCGACUUUCAAAUUAAAGAAAAAUAAAAAGAAAAAUUUAUUUAUUUAUUACAACGCAUGUAAAAUAAAUUAAAUAAGUUAUCGAGUUGAUUUUUUCUACAGCUUUUCAAUAUAUUGAAUGCAACUAAUGUGAAAGCUCACCCACCGUAAAAUGUGGAUGGUUUACAGAAGUUCUAGAUAAAGUUUUGCGGACAGCUUUCACAAAAUUAUAUAAAAAUCCUUUAUAAGUCUGACUUUACAUUUGUAUGUAUAUAUUUACAAAAUUUCAACGCAAUUUGUUUGCAUAUUUAAAAAGCUUUCACUGAAAUUUGAAAAACAAAAUACGAAAGCACUUUGAGAUGGUAUGAUCAUAUUUUAUAUUAUAUAAAUUCGAUCUUGAAUGCAUGUGUAUAUUUUUGUAUUGAAAACCUCAUAUAUAGAAGGUUCUGCACGUCUACCAUCAACUUUGGAAAGCUUUCAAAAAGCAUAAACAAUUGAAACUCCCACCCUUUACCGCACAGCUAGGGACAGUAGUGUUUGAAACAAAUCGCAAUAUUAAACAAACCAAAAAAGAUACAUAUAUUAUUAACAAAUUUUGUAAAGUAUAAGUGUAAAAAACAAAUAAUGUAUGUAUGUAUGUGUAAGCGACGAUUUUCUAAAUAAUUGCUUUUGGAAACGAAUGCAUUCUUUACAAGUACCUAGAAUUCUAAAAAAUUAGUCUUUCUUACUUUAGUCUUAAUUUUUUAUUUUUUAAUUAUUUUUAAAUUUUUUAAGUUAUUUUUGAAAGUUUUUUAAUUUAAUAUUAAAAUUUUUUUUUUUAAUUUUAAUGUUUAUUUUGUUUUUUGGUUUUAACAGGCAGCAAAGUCAUUAUUCGAGGCGAGAGCUUUCGCUCGUAGCCUGUUAUGUGCGUAUGUAUGUAUGCAAUGUAAGAAAGUCACAUGUGUGUAUGUACUCGUAUGCAUGUAGAAGUUAGAAAGAAGGCAAUAAACAUACAAAUAUACAACAAUUACAUUUUCAGGGCGAUUUUUUGUAUAAUCUUGUCAUGACAUCAUUUCUUGUUGUUGUAAUAUGUUUAAAAAAGGCAUAUGUAUAAAUUAAUUGAGGGUAAAAAUAAGCAAAAUUCAAUGAAGAAUACAAAUAAAUUAAAAUAUUAUGAAAAAAUAUUAAA